AUGGUAGCCAUCGAGAAGGGAGGAGGCGGGGGCUCGCACGGUAUUCCUGAAGGACAGUUGCUAGGAACUCUUGCGCUGGUUGGGUUGAUCUACUUCACAGCAGCAGGAGGAGCCUACGGGAGUGAGAGUGUGAUCAACUCGGUUGGUCCCCUCCCUGUAAUCAUUGGCCAUGCUAUCUUCCCGUUCUGCUGGAGUUUGCCGAUUGGUCUCGCCACGGUUGAGCUUGCAACGGCAUAUCCCACGGAUGGGGGAGUUGCCGUGUGGGCGGCACUCGCAUUCAAUGAGUUCUGGGGCUUCAUGGGAGGAUAUUUCAGCUUGGUCGAAGGGGUGGUCAACCUCGCUGUGUUCCCGACAGUCACUCUCGAUUACAUUCUUGUCUUGUUUGACGCGGAGUUGGAUCCUGUCAGUUCCUGGUUCGGGAAGGCGGCCAUCUCGUGCCUCGUCGUGCUCUUGAACAUGCAAGGCGUGAACUUCGUUGGUCGAAGCUCCUACCUGUUAAGCAUUCUGAUCAACAUCCCCCUGAUCAUCUUGUGUAUUCUGGCAGUGAUCAGAGUUAAGGAUUACUCUCCAUGGAUGGACUCUCGUCAGAAUGACUAUGAUACCAACUGGACCUUCUUCUUGGGGAUCUUGGUGUUCAAUUUGUCUGGGUACGAUAAUGUUGGAUCUGUGGCUGGGCAAGUUAAGAAACCAGGAGUAACGAUGCCAAAAGCGAUGAUCAUUGCGAUCAUUGUCGGCUCUGUCUCCUUUCUUGUUCCGCUCAUGUUUGGAGCUGUUAUCGAUCCUGACUACGAUGACUGGCGUGCGGGACAUUUUGCAGUGGUUGGGAAGAUGGUUGGAGGGAAUUGGCUCUUCUACACGCUCGUGGUCGCUGCCGCCAUGUCGCGUCUGACACAUUUCAUGGCUGAGCUCUGCACAAACGCCUUCUUCUUACAGGGAAUGGCCGACGAGAGGAUGGUGCCCCCCAUCUUCGGGUGGAAGCAUCCUGAGAAGCGAGCACCGUGGGUUUCCAUCAUCGCCAACUUUGCCGUAGUGCUGUCCAUGGUUACGCUGUCGCUCCCUGAGAUUUUCGAGUUCUCGAACGCCUUCACCAUAGCUGGAGUUCUGCUGGGGCUGACUACAUGUAUUCGUUUGCGCAUCACUCACCCUGACGUGCCAAGACCCUACGCAAUCCCCGUCGGCACUUGGGGCCUUGUGACUUUCUUCAUGCCUUGCUACGUGCUCUCGAUCUACGUGCUCUUCUGUCUCUCGACCUUCACGGUCAGCAUCUGCAUUGGCGUCGUGGGCUCAGGGGUGCUGGGAUACUACGCGCUCAACGAAGCCAAGAUUGCAGGAUGGUCGGGGAUGCAGGGGACGGUGGAGGAGGUGGAGCUGUUCGGGCAGAAAGGAUAUUCUGAGAACGCAGCAGCAAGGAGCAAUCGGAGGAGCGACGUCUGA